AUGAGCUACUUGAACUGAGUGAUAGCGACUCAUGUGACAAUUUGUCUUCAGACACCGACAGUGAAGACAGUGGCGAAUCUGAGAUUGACGUGAGUGAUCUGCUCAUGUGGUGCACUAUUGAUUGCGGUACGCCAGCGCCACCAAGAUUUCCGUUUACCGGCACGCACCUGGUAUGAAAGUCCACAUUGAAGGUGACAACCUCUCGUCGUACUUAGAAUUGUUUCUGACUGAUGAGGUUAUUGAAAUUAUCGUGACGGAGACAAAUAGGUACACAGUGCAACAACUAGUUGCUCCACACAGCAGGUUUUCACGAAGCAGAAAGUGGGAACCUGUGACAAAAGAGGAC